AUGCGCUACACAAUUGCUGCCGCUGCCGCCGUCCUCUUGUCGGUUGCCUCCUUCACCAACGCUCAGGACUCCAACUGCACUGCUGUCCUCAACGACUACGCUCCUACCUCGUCCGGUGCCUACCAAAAGUGCUUCACCAACCAGGUCUACAACACCGCUCUCGUCAAUGCUGGUCCCACCCCAGACUUCAAGGCCUUGAUCGAAGGCGUCUGCUCCAAGUCCGCCUGCUCGUCCAGCACCCUCGACGCUGCCGAGACAAAGUACCUCGCUGCCUGCAAUGCUUCGCUCGCCGUCGAGUCCCAAAACGGCAACAUCCUCCAGCUCGGAAAGUCUGCCCUUGAUGUCUUCUUUGCCACCCCCAUCCGCGCCGCCUACUGUGCGCUCGACCCCAAUGCCGUCCCCCUCCCCGCCCCCCAGGUCACCCCUCCCCAGUACUGCUUGUCCUCGAACACCACCAACCCCUCGGGUCGCUUUGUCUCCCAGUUGGCCAUCUACUUGACCUCGGGUACCAUCCGCUCCAACCAGGCUCCCUUCUUCAACACCAGCCACAUUGAUCCCACUGAGCUCUGCUCCGCCUGCUCCCAGCUUGCCAUGUCCUCGACUGUUGAUUACCUGUCCAAGACCAAGAUGCCCGCUAUCACCCCCUUCUACACCCCCGAGUUUGUUCAGUACUGGACCAAGCUCGUCGUCGCCUACAACGAUGCCUGCAAGACCAAGCUCGUCCAGGCCUGGCCCGAGGGUACCUUGAACGUUACCGUCCCCAACGCUCCCACUUCGACCGCCACCGUCCCCGUCACUGCCCUCCCCACCUCCGGCACCGGUGCCGGCCCUACUGGCACCACCGCGCCUAAUGCUGCUGGCUCCUUGAAGCCCGUUGCCGGUGUUGCCACCGCCCUCUUGAUGGUCGUCGCUGCCCUCCUUUAA